AGCAAACGUAAGGGCGUUGUUUCGCUGGCUCUGAAGGAUGUCGUCCGAAAAGUACCUCGUGGGCUUCUCCAAAAGACUGGAUUUCAGGCCCAUUGAAUGUGUGGAUCUGCAUUUCACGAGAUACUGCUGUCUCUGCAACGUCGUUCCCAAGGUGACUUUUGAUUGAUUUUAAAAGAAAAAAAUGGAGAUGGUAGUCUCGAGCCACUCGGGACUGGCUACUCCAGGACGCGUUAUUAAUAAAAGAAAGGGAAACUACACUAACCUCUACGCUUUGAAACGCUUUGAAAGAAUAAAUGAGAACAUCAUCACCGAGCUUGUCACCAAAAGCGAAGUCUCAAGGCACUAAAAACAAAGCGUGUCACAAUGUGUCAAACAGGUCCGUCGAGACAAGAAAUUGCACAAGGGCGCGCAUGGCAGGUAUGAGCUGAUUUGCUGGCCAGCACCCAAGAACCUUUUCGGUGGAGUAUGGCCGAUUAUCCAGGCGAGACAGGGACGACACAAGGGUACAUCGGUGUGCACUGUACCUCGGGCAGUCUUGGAGUAUAUGAUCCACGUCCUCAACUACAUCACACAGACUGCAGUUGGGGGACGGGACCAUGCCGAGCUUAAACAAAAGUCGUCCACUGUAUGGCACGUUGAGGCGAAGCCUGUAGAUGAGCGACGUGAUGGGUCGAGGAAGCGCUGACGGCAUAUAAAAACGGAGAUCUGGGUCCACCCUGCGCAGGAACGACGUAGAAGGGACACUUCUGCGCCAGUGUUCACUGCACAGACGUCCCAUGAGAGCACCAAUUGCUUGCUUCGCGUCCGCUUGGGUGAAAUACGUACGGUGCGUCGGUACGCCUCGUGCCACAUGAGCCCGUCUCGCAAGUAGGUCGGCAGCCUCAUUCCCAGGGACGCCACAAUGACCUGGGAUCCACUGCAAGGUGAUGUUAUGUGUCUGUGUGACAGCACAUGAAUACUCCCUGAGGACGUCACACACCAGUGGAGCGAGGGAGCUCGAGCCCAGGGUGCACUGCAGAGCUUGGAGGGCGGUUUUGGAGUCACUGUAUAUGGUCCAGUGCAUCGGUGGUUGACGGGACACAAUGAAGGAAAGUGCCAUAAGAAUGGAAUGCAGCUCGGCCACAGCAGCCGACGUCGGGUGCGACAGCUUAGCGCUUCGUUCAAUCGACAGCUCAGGGAUUACGAAUGCACAGGUAGAGCCGGUCUGUGUCGAUGAGCCAUCAGUAAAGAUUUUAAUUCUGCCUUCAUCGCGAUGAAGCAGACUCAGGGUGAGUUGGCGAAGAACAAUUGUUGUAGCCGAUUUUCUGGAAGUCAAGCCAGGGACAUUGACAUGCACAGAUGGUGCCUGAAGGGCCCAUGGAGGGACUGCGGGUAGAACCAGUUUUUUAUGCUUUGGAAUGAGGCUGCGGUGAGCUAAAACGGCUUGGCAGUACCCGGAUGCUGGUCGCCGAAGAAUGUCGCGCACUAAUGUGUGACGGUAGUGGCGAGUGGAGAGCCUCAUGUAGUGCCCAAGAGAUUGUGCCGUCCGCAUAAAGAUCAGCGAAGGCUCCUUGGCUUCAGCCAUGACAGGGGCAGUUGACGUUGAUUUGUGGACACCAAGGCACUGUUUCAUGCUCUUUGCAAGGACGGUUUCCAACACUUGUUCAGACGAAGGACAAAGACUAUGCAACACUGGAAGAUGGUACAUUAACAUUUGUCGUAUGAGGGACCGGUGCAGACCAAGCAAUGCCCUUGUAGAAAGCCCCCAGCGGGCACCACAGAGGUAUCGCAGGACACUCAGUCGAGACUCAGCUCUACCUCUCAGACAACGAACCUCCGCUCUCCAGGACAGACAGCGGUCAAGAACCACACCAAGAAACUUAUGGUGUGUAACACGCCGCACGACAUUCCCACCUAUAUGAAGCUGAAAGUUCUUCAAAUGACGGCGAGUAAAAGGCAAAAAAACAGUCUUCUCAUGAGAGAGGUCCAUGCCUCUGUUUUCCAGGAAAGCAGCUACAACAUCAAGGGCACACUGUAAGCGGCGCUGUAGCGCUGGCCACUGCUUGCCGGAUGUCCAUAUGCAUAUAUCGUCAGCAUACAAGCUGAUGUUGACGCCCCGUGGCAAGAGAGCUGGUAGAGCAGCCAUCACGACAUUGAAGAGGAGUGGGCUGAGGACCCCGCCCUGUGGGACACCUGCUGUUGUGCUGUGAUGAGACGUUUCACCAUCCGAAGUCAUCAGAAAGACAGUUCUACCACGUAGAUAGUUGGCUAUCCACCUGAGAGCUCGCCCAGUAACGCUCAGGGAGAAAAGCUCAUGGAGUACAUGGCCGUGGCUUGUAGUGUCAUAGGCUCGCUUAAUAUCAAGGAAUGCUGCCACGGUUAGUAGACCAUCCGAUCUAGACUGCUCUACGUGGGUUACCACAUUCAAGACACAAUCCAUUGUACAACGAGCUCUCCUGAAACCUGCCUGCGCCGGGUGUAGGAGCGUCCGGGACUCCAGAAACCAGUCAAGGCGGUCCAAUAUUAGCCUUUCCAUUACCUUGCCCAAGCAGCUUGUGAGGCUAAUGGGACGAAAUGAAGCCAGUUCCCUUGGCGACUUCCCUGGCUUCAACACUGGGAUAACUCGAGCCGCUUUCCAUACGUCAGGCACGACACCAGUUCUCCAGGAGUCAUUAAUGAAGCACAGCAGUUUUUCAAGCGACGCAUCCCCUAAGGAGGCUAUGGCCUGAUACGUAAUCCCAUCGGCCCCAGGGUCACAAGCCAUGCAGCCAAAAUCAACACCACUAAGGGCAUCAGCAACCGAUUGCUUGUGGGCGUCAGUCGAAGAGGCGCAAGAUGGUCGUGUGAGGAGACAGCAGAACUCUUCACCAGCUGUAAUUUCUGAGAUCUUCAGAUGAAGCGCGAGAGCUCUGAAGGGAGCCUCCUGCUCAACAGGGCAACUAAGUGUCUUAACAAUCUGCCAUAUUCUUCCGGUAGGUGUAUAAGGGGAAAGCGUGGAACAGAAUGACUUCCAGCUUUUGCGACCCAGGCGCUGGAGGUGUUUUCGGAUGAUGCUACGAAGCCUACAUACUUCCUGGUAAUCCUGUUGACUUCCAGAACGACGGAACCGGCGCUCUGCUCGGCGUCGUAUUGUUCUUAGGCGUUCAAACUCGACAUCAACACUUGAAUGCGUUGCUGGAAUGGGGACCUGUUUUGUUGCGGUAGACACGCUGGACGCCAGAGCACAGUUAAUAUCAUCCAGACUUGUCGCAGAGCGAAAUAAAUCUUCAGCUGUCGUGUUAAAAACCUUCCAGUUAGUAACUUUCUUGGUCUUACGGGGGCCUCGCAGCCCAGAGUAGCAGACAAGCAGCGGCAUGUGGUCACUCCCCAUGGUGUCCAUAUCUACUACCCAGUGAACCUCCCGGGACAACGAAGGAGAACAAAAGGUGACAUCAAUACAGCUGGAGUACAAGGGCCCACGAAAAAAGGUCGGAGAGCCAUCAUUUAAAACGAUGGCGUCAAAAUCCUCCAAGUAUUGCUGUAGCAGCCGGCCCCGUACAUCAUCAUGCGAGCUUCCCCAUGCAGUACCAUGAGCGUUGAAAUCACCACACACGAUGAAAUGAUUAUGGAGAAGCCGAAAAAAAUCCGUGAACAGCUUAUCUUCAAUGCGUACCGACGGAGCAAUGUAUACACUAGCAACAGUCAUGCGUCUAGAGCGCAGACGCACGCUGCACACGACAUAUUCAAAAUCAUCAUCCGAUGACCCACCAAGGAGUACACUUGGAAUGUCUUUUCUGACGCACAGCAUCGCCCGACUAAGCCCUGUGCGUCUCUCAGAGCGGUAUAUAACGUAAUUUGAACUUAGGUGACUUUUCUUUUGGGAUGCUUGCACGCUUUCUGCGAGCUGUGCUACGGGAAUCUUCUCGGUAGCGAUCGACGCUGUCCUCUGGACGAAACUGACUUUGAGCAGGACGGUGUUUCAAAGUUUGCAUUCAAAGCGAAACAUCUGGAGAGAACAAAUGUUCGGUGCUUCAACGCAAAAAACGGGUGCAACGUCGUAGGAACGAUACAGGAGGUGGAGUCUCACUUCUUUGACGAAUGUGCCUACUAUGCUGUCAUAUGUACCAGGUGCAAGGCCAGUGUACUUCGUCGGGACAUUGUCAGUCAUUACAGAACAUCGUGUCAUCAAGAAGACAUGUCCUCCGUUUCCUCUACUGGAGUCCACGUUCCAAUCACCGGAUGUUCGUUCGACCCUGUCAAAGAAACUUUUGUCUCCGCGGAAAGUGUUCUGAAGGAGGUAUCAACCGUUGAACAUCAGCUGCAUGGGUAUGCCGAGGAAAUCGACAGUUUAAAGGAAAUGGCGUUGAGGAACGAACAACUCCUGAACAGGCUUCUCGAGAACCAGGAGCGUGUUGCUGCUGAUGUUGGCAACACAGAGAGCAAAGUGACGCAGCAAGUGCAGGACCAAGCGGAGAUUAAGGGGUCACUAAGAGGCGUUGCUGAAUUACUCUCAGUGGUUGAACUGCAAAUGUCAUCAAUAAGCCGUGACAACGUCGCUACAAGUGCAGUGAAUAAAAACGUCGAGCAAGUGAGUGAGCGAGUGGGAAACUUGAUGGACACGCUCCAACAAAUAAGUGCUACAUUAAAUGAUGUGAAAGGAAUCAAAGGGGAACUGAAUCCUCUGUUGCAGUGCUCCGCGGAAUUGACAAAAUUUAUGAAUGCCGACGAAGAAGCUAGAGAAAAAAUGCCACUCGUGAAGGCGAUACUCGGAACUUCCACAGAGAUUGGGAUGUACACGUUGCAUUCCUCCGCGGUACAGCAGAAGAUGGAAGCUUUCUUUCUUAUUAGAAGCUUUUCUGGGACGCUAUUGAAAAUGUCACGACGAACGUUCACUUUUGGCAUAAACCGUCCUUCUGAUGUGUUUGUACUGUGCGGAUACUCUGUGAGGUUGAGCGCACACUUUACUGCACCCAAGAGGCUUUCGCUGCGAUUUGCACUGUGCAUGUCUCAGAACGAUAUCAUUCUCCAGUGGCCCUAUACAAUCCCCUUCACCUGUAGGUUCAAGCACCCAAAGGACUCAGCGAAGGACAUCGUAUGCCGUACAGUUCACCCAAAGGCUGACUUAAAUGGUAGUCGUAAUAAUGGCGCAUAUUGCAGGCCAACCGAUGCUGAAAACGAUGCCGUUCUUAUUGAACCGGCGCCAUCCAUACUCCUUCUAGAGGCAGAUGGCUUCAUUCAUGACGAUUCUGUCUGCAUUGGCAUAAGGCUUCACCCUGAGAUGGCGUGACAAAUAUCUUCCAAGAGUGCGCCCCGUCCGACAUGUCAAAGCUCGUCUAUACACAAGUAUAUUAUGUACUCUGUUGUUUCUUCGCAGCAAGAGUCAUCCUGACAGGAGGAAAACGAGUAAUUAUUUCGCAACUUGCUGCACGGCAGUGAUGUCACGGUGUGUGAGCACGUUAUGUCCUCCUUCACGCUCUUAGAAAAAAGGGUGGAGCAGUUACACCUUUUAGGAAGUAAUAGUUGUUGCAUAUGUUGUGCCAAAAAAGGCUGCAAAGUUCUGCCUGCUAUCUCACCCCCAAAACAGAACUUCACCGCAUAGCACGUUGUCCGCCAACCAUUGCCUCGAAAGAUAGGGUUAUCGCUUCCCAUUCGGUGAGCGAGGGGUGGCGUCAGAGAUGGGCAGAGUACCUCAAAAUUCUACUUCAAGUAAAGUACCAAGUACCUGGUGUCAUUAGUACUUCAAGUACAGUACAAAGUACCCAAUUCCAAAUGUACUUCAAGUAAAGUACUAAGUAUUAAGCAAAAUACUUCAAGUACUCAUCAGGUGCUUCGUCAAUUUAAUUUAUCACUUUGCAUUUCCCUGUUUAGUAUCUUUGUCUUCCUUCUUUUGGCAAAACUUCAACGCACUUUCUUGACAAAUGCUCUGAAACCAUAAAGUCCUAGGUUAAGUACUAACCCCUGUAUAUGAACUUAAUAGGAUGUUGUAAUUUGCAGUUACAUGUAGAGAGGUAAUCCGUUAGCUGUGGUGCGAUUAUGCAAAAUAGUAGUAUGCCCUGACUGAUCCAAGGUCACCCACCUAGUGUGGUGUUCCGGUACUAAUCUUCGGGUAUAAGAGGCUAGAUAAUGUCAGGGUGGAAAAGUACAAGCCAACAGAGAUUAUUCAUUUCUUGGCAUUCCUUGCUGCUUUUUCGAAUACAUGUUUAAAAAAGAAUACCAAGAAAAUUAAAAAAUGAUGAAACACGAUGUAAGCUUUCAUUUUUAUUCGACUGUGAUGUGCAGCAAUGUAAUCCAUGUGACCAAUUAAAAAAAAACGUAAAAUGUAAGAAUGUAAGCAUGUGUG